AUCCUUCUUUGUUUAUUCUUCUUCUCUGGUUCCAAUAUUGUAUUCAAAAAGCGUCACCUCCUCAUUAACCCCAAUUCCUAAUCUCUAAGUAUUAAAAUAUUAUUAUUAUAUAUAUCUCCAUCGCCAUCAACAUCGUCGUUCCGUGCCAAUUAUUCAUAGAGAGAGAAAGAAGAGAGAGAGAGAGGUAUAUAUAUAAAUAUAUAUUAGCUUCGAUUGUAUUGUGUGAUUUCAGGAUCUUCGAAAUUACUGGAUUUUAGGGUUUCGCUAAUUCGUCGACAACAACAAAAAAAAUUAAGAAUGUCUGCUGCUGUGGGUUGUGGAUACGCGCCGGGUGCUUUGGCUGUGAAUUCGUCGAGACAAAAAUUGAAGAACUUUAAUAAAAAUAAUAAUAAAAAAAAGGGAUUUAGGGUUUCAUGUGUUUCUUCUUCUGCUGUUUCUGAUCCGUACAAAACUUUGAGGAUUAACCCCGGUGCAUCUGAAUCCGAGGUUCGCAAGGCUUUCAGGCAGCUUGCUCUUCAGUAUCAUCCAGAUGUGUGUAGAGGAAGCAAUUGCGGUGUCCAGUUUCACCAAAUCAAUGAAGCAUACGAUAUUGUGAUGAGUAAUCUUAGGGGAGAGCCGACCCAACCGAUUUUGGAGAUCUACGAGCAAUACGAUGACAAUGAAAUGAGAGGAAUCUUCGAUGAAGAUUACGAGCUGUGGGAAGAGUGGAUGGGUUAUGAAGGAGCCGGUAUUCGUGAUUACUCUUCACACAUCAAUCCUUACAUAUGAUUGAUUGAUCCUGCAAAUUAUUCGAAAUAAUUUUUCUUUUUCCUUUUUUUGACGACGAAGAAAAAAAAAUGCCCACAUCUUUUACAAUGUACAUAAGUUGUUGAAGAUGUUUUGAGGUGUUUUUGUUGUAUAUAAUCAUCUUUAUUCCUUUGGUCUCCCUAUGUGUACAUAUUUUAUUUAUGGUAUGAAGAUAAGGGAAUUAGUUGAAUUCCCUAUUUAUAAUGUGUAUCUAUUUAUUGAAUGAAAUGAAAUAUUUUAUGGUA